AUGCGAACCCACCUGUACUCUACAUUUGUGGACCUGACGAAAGCCUUCGACACGGGGAAUCGUGAAGAAGUGUGGAAGAUCGUGCAGAAAUUCGGCAGUCCGAAGCGAUUCACUCAGAUGGUGCGUCAGCUGCACGACGGUAUGAUGGCGCGAGUCACGAACAACGGAACUGUCUCAGAGGCAUUGGCAAUGACCAACGGAGUGAAGCAGGGAUGCGUGCUGGCGACUACCCUCUUCAGUCUUAUGUUCUCUGCCAUGCUGAUGGACGCCUACCGCAAAGAACGCCCCGGGAUCCGCAUCGCCUACAGGACGGACGGUCACCUGCUGAAUCAACGACGGAUGCACUUCCGAUCGCGCGUAUCCACAACCACCGUUCACGAACUCCUCUUCGCCGACGACUGCGCCCUGAACACCACCUCGGAAGAGGAGAUGCAACGGAGCAUGGACCUGUUCUCCGCCGCCUGCGAGAACUUCCGUCUGGUCAUCGACACGCAGACGGGAAUCCUCAGCAUCUACGCCAUACUGAGGCAAAUUCAGCUGCGCUGGAGCGGCCACCUGGUACGCAUGGACGACGAGCGACUACCCAAACGACUCUUCUACGGAGACGUCGCGACGGGUUCUCGCCGUCAUGGUUGUCAAAUUCGUCGAUAA